UGUGUGUGUGUGUGUGUGCGUGUGUCUACCGUCGUCUGUGCCGCCUUCGUGGAUCACAGUUGUUGCUCCUCGCAUGCUCGCUCUCACUGCCUCCACCACCCGCGCCGCGGCCACGGCAGCACGAUGCAGGGCACGGUGUGGGCGCUGGUGGCUGAGCGGCUGGUGACGGCGGCAGCAUCACAGGCGCCUUUGGAAGAUGACUUUGAGAAACAGCCUCUGGAUGAGGCGUCGUUUCAUCCCGGCAUUGAGGACGUGCGAAGUGACCACGCGCGGACCUUCUUCAACCUCAUGCUGACCUGCCGUGAGCUCUACCACGACCUGCCCUGGGCAGUGCCAAAGUGGGGCCUCGCUGUGGUGUUUGAGGAUACACCAAUGAGGUCACUCGACCAAUGGCUCGAUAAGUUUCAGGCAGACCUCCUUGGUUCCACAGCACCUGACGCUCUGCCUUCUUCUUCGUCUUGUGACCAGCGUGGUUCCGAUGGGCGUGCCGCGCAUGCUUCGUGGCUGGAGAACCGCUUCCUUGUGUACUGUUGGCUUGGUGUCACAUGGGACGGCAGGUGUUCCUUUUUGCGUUCCAGGCUGCGCGCAUCACAGCCAACGACUGCCUUUUCGCGUCGCUUUCGGCAUUGCGGGCGCGUGAUGUUUGCUUCUUUGGACGAUCUCGAGUCUUGGGCGGCGGAAGUGAUGCAUGCACGCUGCAGUUGCGGACAUGAGCACAGAGCAAGCGUUGCACUAGCGAACACAUCAGAGGCACAGGACGACAGCCGCGCCCGUGAUCAGCCAGAACAUCAACUCGAGCAGCACGACACGGCCUGUGCUGGGGAGGCAGGUGUGCUGCCACAACAGCGAGCUGACGAUCAACAUGUGGCUGCAUUAGUGCCGGCCUUGUUCUCCCUGAACGCGACACUGCAGGGACAGGCUGACGCUGAUCGCUGGCAUGAGCUGCGCUCCACUGUUUUGGCUGGUGCACGUGGGGACAGGGUGAUGCUGGAACUCGGGCAGUCGUUGUCGUCGCUCGCAGGCGAUCACAUCGACAACCUUAUCAUCACUUCCUGGCGUGCGACACUCGGGUGUGCCAGAAUUCGGGAUGUGGAGCGCGUGACGUGGGACUGCAAGUUGCGCGAACAACCCGCUCCUGGUGGCCUCCUGCUUGACAAUGUGCAGCACUUUGAAGCACGUGCUCGCGCCUCCCUGCUCAACCUUGAUGCCCUGGCCGAUAUUCCGAGCAUCCAGCUGUCAGGUUGCGACGAGGAGGUCGUCGACCUCUCGCCCCUACCUCGAGUGAAGAAGCUUGUUAUCGAGCGCACGAUCGCCGUCAACUACGAGGCAGCUGUGGCGGCAGUUGAACACGUUCGUCUCGGAAGCACCAUGGAGCUGAAGACUGGCACUCUCCACGCCACUCAUGUCAACCUGUCGCGCACGAGGAUUUCAACCGACACGCUGCACCUGCCAAAUGCCACCCACAUCAAAGCCCCGCGGUCAGGUGUAAAACGGCUGGUCUUCCCACCCUCCCUCGUGUGGCUUGACAUUGAGGGUACUCCACCCGAGAUGCCCGAGCUCAAGCAUGCGGAAGUGUUGAAACUGCGCACAUCCAGUGAGCCACUGUCGCACGAUACCGUGGUCCGUCUCAGUCGCUGCGCGAGCAAGCUCAUCCUUCGUGGCCAGUGUGUGCGGCGCGUGAGUGACCUGUGCGGCAUCGCAGACAAUGUGCAUAUCAGCGCGGAGGUGCACGAUCUCGACGUGGCAGCGCCCGCCUGUGUGCAGGAGCUGUGUGUGCUCGCGGAGGGCGAUGUACGCUGCGAGCUGCUGGGGCAUGUGCCGCGCCUGGUCAUUCUUGGUCUGCGCGAGCACCCGAUCCGUGAUGUCCACCUGCUGUCGGGUCGCAAGUAUCUUCAUCUCCUGCGCUGCUCGUUGGACGGGGAGGUUUCGGACUGCGACUUUCUGUUCCUUCAAGCCGCUUAUGGGCGCGCUGCCUUGGCAUCUAUUGGCUCGCUCCUUGUGCACCAGGCGACUGUGUACGGUCGUUCUUCUACGCUGCCGGCCAGUGACAGCCACGACUCUUCUGGCGUCGCUGGCCUGGUUCUCACGCAGUGUCGUGACGUGUUUAUGUGUCACCUUCGGCACUGUAUUAUCAAGGACCUCGCCUGCUUCCAGGGUGUACAACGCCUGAUUGUGGACUGCUGCGCAUUUGAUGUUGGAGACACGCUCCUUCCGCGUUCUGGUUGCCUUGUCCUGCGCCACUGCGCCAGCACGGACAAGCGGUGGCGUUGGCCUGAUGUUGCCCUGGUUGACCGCUCACCGGAGGAGAUGGCGCGAGUGUUGCUUGCGGGGCGAGAGCGGAUGGAGGCAUGAGGAUAGAAAGGGGGAGAGGUAGUGAGUGAGUGAGUGUGUGUGUGUGUGUGUGUGUGU